ACUUUUAUUUUGUGUACAGAUUCCAGCAAAACCUUAGGCUCUGUAGAACGAAAUGUAAAAUAAAAGGUUAUAGAUCCAUAAAACCACUAUAUUUGUAAUUAAACCACUUUUGAAAAAGUAAUACUGUUCCUUCUGAAGCUAUGCCUGAUAUGACUGGCAGACCAAGAAGUUAUUGCCAAGCAGCAUCAAGAAACAUUCUAGAUUCUGACGUUUCAAGAUUAGGAUCAACAGUUACUCACCCAAUCAACAGAAUGGAGUGGGAGAAUCAACCUCAAACUUCCGGCAACGUUCCUUCCGCUGAUUCGGAAGAAGAUGAUUUACAAAAAGCCAUCGCGUUGAGUUUGCAAGUCAGUAAUGAUAUUUCUAUGGAACCUGGAACUUCGAGUUCUGUCGAACAUCUGGAGGGAGAUGAUUUGGCAAGAGCUCUUGCUGAAAGCAUUGCUGAUAUUCAAUCUAGGCAACCCAUUUCUGGAGAUGCGUCACACAGGCACAAAAAAGACCCUCACAAUUUACUAAGGAUCUCAAAAAAUUGGCCUGUUGGAUUAAAGAACGUAGGCAACAGUUGUUGGUUUAGUGUGGUUGUGCAGUCACUGUUCCACAUACCAAUAUUCCGAAAUAUUAUUCUAAAAUUUGGACCUACAGAAAUUGACCCAUCACUUAACGCAGAGACAAAACGUAACCUACGGCUGAUGCAAGAGCUACGUUGUUUAUUUGCACUGAUGAUAACAUCAAAUAAGAGUUUUCUGGACCCAAUAAAGUGUGUGAAUAUUCUACAAGAAGCUUUUCAAACAAAAAGCAGUGACAGUCAGCAGGAUGUGAGUGAAUUCACACACAUGCUGCUUGACUGGCUUGAAGAUGCUUUCCGUCACAUUCAAGAAACCACCCAGGAGAAUGACAGAAGAAAGGAGAGAAACAAUGAGUUUAACAUCACCAGUGCUGAUGACAUUGGAGUCAUCAGUGACCUCAGGGGUCCACAAAAACCUCUGUGUAAUCCGGUACAGGAAUUAUUUUAUGGGACAUCGAAAACUGUUGGAGUUAAUAGGCAUGGUAUUAGAUUUGAGCAAGAACAUACAUUUGGAAUACUUCCGCUGUGUGUUGAAGGGCAUAAAAACUUGCACGAAAGCUUGGAAUAUGCCACAGCUAAAGCUCACUGUGAAACUUCACAAAAUGGACAAGAGGUUUGGUUCACCAAGCUGCCACCCAUUCUUACUUUUCAACUUUCACGUUUCCAAUUCAACCAAGCCAUUGGGAAACCUGAGAAAAUUCACAACCGUCUUAUUUUCCCCUCAUUAUUCUACAUGGAUAGAUACAUGGAAUCAAAUGCACAAAAAACUCGUGCAAGAAGAGAAGAGAUUAAACAACUUCGUGAAGAACUUUCUGAACUAAAAUUGAAUUUAAACCAGUUAUCCAAUUUUACUGCCAAUGAAAAGUCGUACCAUGUGGCAGAACUUCUCUCCAUCUGUGCAGAAUACGCUACCUCCAAAUCUUCCUCAAGUAAUAUGGAUGGCAAUGCAUCUUGUGGCAGAAGCAGGAGAGGUGGAACGGAGUCUCCCAGCAAUGGUUUGUCUCCAAACAAGAGGAGCAAAGAGGAAGAAGACACAAACUCUCAUCAUGAGAGUCGUCCACCCUCAGCUACCUCCUCUUCGAGCUACAUGAGUUCCUCGAGUGAAGAGGAAUCACUGAUGGUGAGGAACAUCCUGCUCAAGUGGCAGUCAGACGUUGAGAAAAAAAUUGCUGAUAUCAGAGAGAAGAUAGAAGAAAUCCAAAUGACAAUAGAUAAAAUGUUUGAUGAUCCAAAUGAACGAUGUUUUCCAUAUUCGCUACAUGCUGUGUUAGUUCAUCAAGGCCAAGCAUUAGCUGGUCACUACUGGGCGUAUAUAAAAGAUUACGUGAAUCGUCGAUGGUUGAAAUUCAAUGAUGUUGCUGUGACUGAAGAAACAUAUGACCAACUAACCAGUGACUCCAUAGGUGGUGUACAUUCAUACAGGUUCUAUGGAAAUUCCGCAAGUGCUUACUGCCUCAUAUAUGUCGAUAAUAGAAAAAUGGAUCUAACUGAAUGUGCAGACGACAGCUUUAGUGCCAUCGCAUCAGACCCUGUGCUUGCCAACUUAGUCAAUGAUCAUAACCAACAACUGAACAAUGAACUUGAGUGUUGGGAUGUAGAAAGAGCAAAGGAACUGUCACUCAAAGCUGAGAAAAGGGAAAUGGAAUCAAUGGCAGAAAGUUCAUGCAAACAAAAUGGAGCAUGGAACUUAACUGAUUUGAAAAAUGCUGUUCAGAAAGUUGGUUCAACAUAUAAUGCAAUGGGACCAGAAAAAGCUCUGGAGGAGUUCUUGCGAUCUAAACAGGAAGAAAUACCUGAAAAGACAGAGAACCAAAAUAUUUCCCAUAAUGAGGACACAAAUAACGAGCACCUGGAUAAAGAAGUUGCAGAAGAAAAAGAGCAAAAUGAUAAAGAUGUUUCCCUGCCUCCAUCUCCGAUCCCGCAAGAUAUGGAUGAGGAGCUGGUGUGCCCCAUGUUACAAGCUUGUAUUCUUGCUAUUCUUCAAGUUGGUAAGACAUACAACAUGGAAGGACCGGAAGUUGCUUUGCUCGAGGCCAUCAGUGAAGAAAUGAGUCGACUUCAAGAUUUAUCUCAACAAUCGGAUCCAAUCACAUCAGACUCUCGACUUCAAAAUAUUGCUGUUUAUCUCUACAGAAAUAAAGCACCUCGCAAGGUUAUAGAAAGGUGUGUGUUGGAGCAGUUUACGGAUGAGAGGUUACGUUACGAUCGAAGGGCAAGUGAUAUCAUGGGUUGUGCUCAAGAAAAACUUUCCAACCUUUCUGAAGAAGAUUUGAAUGAGGAAAAAUACCAGCAUUGGCAAACGCAAUACAAGUCAUUCUGCACCUCAAUGUGUCACUUGGUCGAUGGAAUGGAAAUGUUCAGACUUCGCAAUUUUUUUCCCGCAACUCAGCACUUUGCAGCAGUUUAUGAUCAUCAGUUUGAUCCCCAGGAACCACAGCAAGGUGUAGACCUCAAGAUGCUAGGAAGAUACUGCAGGAUAUCUAUUACUAGAGUUCAUGAGGAGGUAAUGUUAAAAAUGCAAUCACCAAAUGAAGAGGAUGUCUAUAAAGGUCUCAAGCUGAUGAGGAAGAAACUGAUCCCUUGCAUCUCGUUGCUCCUUGGUGAUGGGAGGAGAGGAAAAUGUGAUCAGGAUUUACAACUUGCAGAUUCAAUACGAGGGGAUUGGUGUUCCUUGCUGGAGCAAUCUGUUGUUGUACCAAGGGACACCUUAUCAACUGCACUGACAGAUUUUCUUGAAACAAAUCCGAACGCUAAAAUCAAACAACGCCCACCAGUUACCAAACUUUCAAACCUCUGCCAGCGUUUUGAGCAAGUUAUGUUCUCUUUUCUUGACGCUGAAAACUGAACACAAGCAGCUAUGCAAUAGUAACACAAUUACAUGAAUAGGGAGGCACGUAAACAAGACAAAAUGCUGUUUUUGUAUUUACUUGACGCUUCGCCUCUUUUCUGGUUUAUACUUUUCUUAGUAUUUAUUUGGGUAUUUUUACCGUGUUUAACGAAAACCAUAGAUUCACUGUGACUUAUUUUUAGCCAGGUUGAUCAGUUAAGUGUUUGUUCCGUACUCCAUGACUAAUUGCACACCUUGCAUAUGGCAUGGUGAAAAUUGUCAACUGAACUUUUGCUUAAUUCACCUGUACCCAAGACAAGUAAUGCACACAAGUUACUCGCAUGAUGUAUCCGAAGUGAAAAUACAUAAAAGAUUAGAGUUC